AUGGGGGAGAGAAAGAGAAAGGGUGUUUUGGACGAUCAAAACUUGUCCACAAAUGGCGGCUUCUGGACUCUCCCGCUCUGCGAUCAUCACUCUCCUUUAAAUUGGCUCACCUCCAUCACUGCUGUGUCUUCAAUGGCCAAUCUCCCCAACUUGCGACGCCUUUUCGUCGAGGCUAGAACGGAGGCAGAAGAGAACGAGUACUCGCGAAAGGCUUUCUACAAUCUUGUACUCUUCAUCUCUUCCGUUGCCAUAUUCAGUUUGACUGCCCAACGCAUGAGUGGUUCCAAGGCUGGGCGAUAA